GCUUGCUUACACGUCAAAAGGUAGAGUUGAAAUUGAAGACAUUUUUCGAUUCGCAAUUAACAACAUUUACGGUUGUAGUUAGUAAGAAACAAAUAGAAUUGUGCCUAAAAACAAUAAAGUAACUUAGGCUGGAUGUCUUGGUGAAAAUUCGAUAUCAUUCCGUAUAGAAUAACUCAUGAUUUGCUAGGCUAAGCUUUAACAUAUAAAAUGGGUGGACUGUUUAGUUACUUUCGGGGUCUGUUAGGGGCGCGUGAAAUGAGAAUUUUGAUCCUCGGAUUGGACGGCGCCGGAAAAACCACAAUACUUUACAAAUUACAAGUUGGCGAGGUGGUGACCACUAUACCGACUAUCGGGUUCAACGUAGAACAAGUAACGUACAAAAACCUCAAGUUCCAGGUUUGGGAUCUUGGUGGACAAACUAGUAUUAGGCCAUAUUGGCGAUGUUACUAUGGCAACACAGAUGCAAUAAUUUAUGUAGUCGACUCUGCAGACAGAGAUCGAAUAGGAAUAUCAAAAGAUGAAUUGGUGCAUAUGUUAAGAGAGGAAGAGUUAGGGAAUGCCAUCCUGGUGGUGUUGGCCAACAAGCAGGACAUGGCGGGCUGCCUGACGGUGGCGGAGGUGCACCAGGCGCUGGGGCUGGACGCGCUGCGCGACAGAACCUUCCAGAUCUUCAAGACAUCAGCGGUGCGGGGUGAGGGCCUCGACCAGGCGAUGGACUGGCUAUCUGAUGCGUUACAAGCAAGGAAAUAACCUAUCAGGGCUGAAAAAGCUUGAAGUUAAGUUGUCCGGGAUGGACAGACAAGUGCGGACAGGAGAGUAAUAAAUUAUCUAUUAGUCAUAUGUUUAACGCCAUUAAGUUAGUACUUAGCGUCGCUGCCGUCUGCCCUGUGUUACUUAUUAACUUAUGUUGCUUUUAAGUUUAAAUAACACUAAUUAUGGAGAUUUAUUUCUCAUAACUUAAUGUUUAAAAUUUCAUUUUAUUUGUUUUAUAUCAAUGCAAAAACCUCUGCAUGUAUAUUUUUAUUUUUAGUAAGUAAUUUGUGUUAAAUGAAAGAAUAUUAUUUGACAAUUGUUAUGUAUUUUAUAUUAUAAAUUGCCUUCUAAUGAUUUGCCUUUAUGUAUUGAAAGGAGCUUGCAUUUAUCUCUUAAAAAUCAUUUGUGUAAAAUAUCAUGAAAUAAUCAAAAUCGUUAAAAACAAUCAAACAAUAAUGCCAAAAAUGGUGGAAUUAUUUACUAUGAAAUGUACUAAGAAAUGUAUUUUUAAUACUAGGAAUUUCAAAAGUUUUGUCACAUUAUUCCAAAAUGAAUUUAAUUAAUUUGUUAAUCAAACAAAAUUGUAGUUUUUUAUUGCAAACAUGAACUAACGUUUCUAAAAACGCACAAAUCUUUGUCUCAUUAGGUUUGACUUGAAAAAUGUUGACAAUUCCCUAAUUACUUCCAAAAUAUUUGAUCACAUAAUUUCUCCGGGCAAAACUUUACAAUCAGUUAUAUUAAUGUUUCGUUUUUUAAUCAUUUGGAAAUUACGGAAAAAGAAAAUCCAAUUUUUUUGUUAUAAUGUUUAGCUGUCAUUGUGACAGAACGCGGAAAUGACAUCUGUCAAAACGUCAGUGUUGCUAGUUGGCGGCAAGAUGGCGGCGACGCGUUAUCAGUAGAUAAAACAAUUGUUUUGGUAAUAUAGAUAGACGCAGACGGAUGUAUAAACUAUAGGGUACAUAAUAAGUUAUUACAAUUGAUUGAUUAUAAUAUAUUUUGUAUCAGUGACGUUCACUCAAGCUAUGUGUAAUUUAUUGUACGGCGGCAAGAAAAAAAAUUGUUUUAAAUACAA